AUGGCCUCGCAGGACGUGCUGGGCCAGACCACGCGGCUGGCCUCCUCCAGCGCCCUGCUGCAGGUGCUGUCGCGGGGCGUCACGUUCGCGCUCAACGCCUUCACCCUCCGCCACCUCUCCCCGGAGCUGCUCGGCGUYGUCGGCGUGAGGCUGACGCUGCUCUACUCAACAGUUCUCUUCCUGGCCAGGGAGGCSUUUCGCAGAGCUUGUCUGAGCGGAGGCACGAAGCGCAACUGGACAAAAACCAUCAACCUCCUCUGGCUAACGGUUCCUCUCGGCAUUUUUUGGUCCGUUUUCUUGGGCAUAGUAUGGCUCCAGUUGCUUGAAGUACCCGAUCCUACUGUGGUUCCUCAUUAUCGGGCUGGUGUGGUGGCCUUUGGUCUUUCUGCUGUUAUUGAGCUUCUGGGAGAACCUUUUUGGGUUUUAGCACAAGCUCAUUUAUUUGUACGACUUAAGGUAAUUGCUGAAAGCUUUUCUGUAUUGUCAAAAUGUGUUUUAACGGUUAUUUUAGUAAUACUUUAUCCUCAGUGGGGCCUUUACAUCUUUUGCCUGGCACAGCUUUUAUAUACCAGUGUUCUGGUAAUGUGCUAUGUAAUUUAUUUUACGACAUUUCUGGGAUCUCCUGAAGCAACAAAGAAGUCAUUUCCAGUUGCUAGAAUGAAAGCGCUUCUACCAAACUUGGUAGAAGAUGAGACUUUUGUUAACUGGAAGGAGGCACGACUGACUUGGAGUUUUUUCAAACAGUCUUUCUUGAAACAGAUUUUAACAGAAGGUGAACGAUAUGUGAUGACUUUUUUGAAUGUACUGAAUUUUGGAGAUCAGGGUGUAUAUGAUAUCAUAAACAAUCUUGGCUCACUGGUGGCCAGGUUUAUAUUUUUGCCUAUUGAAGAGAGCUUUUAUGUCUUUUUUGCUAAAGUAUUGGAAAGAGGGAAGAAUGUCAAGCUCCAAAAGCAGGAUGAUGUUGCUAUGGCCGCAGGUGUGUUAGAAUUACUGUUGAAACUGGUCCUUCUGAUUGGCCUUACCAUCACAGUUUUUGGCUAUGCCUAUUCUCAGCUGGCUCUGGAUAUUUAUGGAGGCUCAAUGCUCAGUUCUGGAACAGGUCCGAGUCUCCUUCRAUGUUACUCUUUGUAUGUCCUAUUUCUUGCUGUCAAUGGAGUAACAGAAUGUUUUACGUUUGCKUUGAUGUGCAAAGAAGAGGUAGACAGGUACAAUUUUGUCAUGCUGGCCUUGUCCUUCACAUUUCUGUGCAUCUCUUAUUUCUUGACCUAUUGGCACGGCAGCGUYGGCUUUAUCCUUGCCAACUGCUUCAAUAUGGGUAUCCGAAUAGCCCACAGCAUCCACUAUAUCCAUCAUUUCUUCAAAGAAAGCAGUUACAGGCCUCUGGCAGGCUUGCUGCCCUCUCCACUUCUGCUACUUGUGUAUAUCCUAAGUGGAGCAAUUACUGUUUUCUCUGAGGCGUUUUUCUGCUGUGACAAGGGUUGGGUGGCAAGGCUGGUGCACGUCAGCGUGGGAGCUCUGUGCUUCGCAGCAACCAUCAUUACCAUGUUCUACAGAGAGACCAAGCUUGUCCACUUUGUCAGAGGCCAGUUCUUCUCACAGUACAUGAAGAAAGGAACCUAGAGCGCAYGUAUGAAGAACAGUUCUUGUACACACUUGAGUAAAGGGCUCUAUUUUUGCCCAUAUUUUAAGUGCACAGAAAUAUUUCCAUGUUAAUUUCUUAAAACCACCAGUGUUGGAACUAAACCACAAGUGGUUGCUAACUGAAUGCCAUUUGCUAAGUCAAUCAGUAUCACUAUACUGAAAGAGGUGAAUGAUUUCCUUGUGCAUCAUUCUUUUCUCAGCUUUUCUUCAAGCAGCCUCAGUGUCCUCUGUGGUGGUUGAACAGCCAGGAUGCAUCUUCCUGAUGUAACCUAGUUGACAGGCUUCACGUGGAGAGCUCCUGUUCUUUCCAGUCUGGUGUAUGUGGAUGAAAGGACAGCGUGCCUUAUGUGUUAAUUAAGAUGUAAUUAAGGAAGCGCUCUCAAAGGUGGUCUAACUGGAGAAGAAAUUGUCUGACCAAAAAAAAGUUGAAGAACUUAGCACUAGAGUAAGGACUAGUAACACUGUAACUGCUGCUGAGCAUAGAAUUGAUGCAGGGAAGUGAAUUAUGAGUGACUUGAGGUACAGAGCAGGGAGCAGAGAGCUUCUGACCUCUUCAAGUAAGUUAAUAGAACACACUGUGUCUCCAUGCUAACUAUGCAAGAAUAUUUAUUUCAUUCCACAUAUUUUUGUGCACUGUCAAACUGAAGGCAAAGUUCUAGAGCUAGGUAAUAAUUUACUGCCCUGUUUUUAUUUUUUUGCCUGAGAUUUUAAUUGCCGGCAYGAGCAAAUUCUUGUCUCAAAGGGACUUGUGCUUCUCUACUGCAUCAGAUACUUAAUAUGUUUUAAUAAGAUGGCUUUUGAGCAUAUGCAUACUGAGACUCAAGUUACUAGGCAGAAAACGCUUCUUUUUGUUUGAACUAGAUUUUUCUGUUGUGCCUUGUUCAGUCUUAAUCUUUGUAUUUUUUUCAUUGUUGAAAAAUUUGAAUGUACAAAGACUAUAAAAUGAGAUACUGGUCUUCUAUGUUUUGCUAAGAUGUUUAAUAGUGCUUAUCUGUCAUACAAAUCUGGAAAGUUUGGACUGUUCAAAUAGCAAGUGUUUGUAAUUGGUUCCCCUUUGCAGCAUUUAUUUGGGAUAAAAAUGUCACAUGAUGAAAAAUGCCUACUUGAACUUGUGCAGUCCAAGAUUCUAGCUUAAUUACAUAACAAGAGCUGGAGUUGCUUAAGGAUACUCACUGUAAUGGCAUUAUGGACCGUUGCUCYCAGAGAAAUGUUUUCUGGAAUCGUUGUGUUGGAUUUGGUGCCAUUAGGACCAUGCUAGAGACAUUUUAUAUAUGACAACUUGGUYACUCAGAGAAUGUCGUAGAACAGGAAAAACAAAGAUGGGAGGAAAAAGAAGGUGCCCCUCUGCAUUUUAUGGUGCUGUUCUUGCCUUGCUGGAACGUGGAGACUUUUCGUUUGUUCUUCUGAAAUGAUUAUGAAAUCUGUCUAAAUAAAUAGGACAGUUUUCUGUACUGUUGUGUGAUAUUUUUUCUUUGU